AUGUUCAAACUAACCGCUGAGGUGGCCAACAAAAGCCUUUCGGGGAGUCCUAAAACCAGGCUGAUUUCCACAUCGUCUGCUAUCAGCCAGAAAUGCCGGGUUGAGACGGACGCUUUUGGCGAGAUCAACGUGCCAGCUGAUAAGUACUGGGGCGCGCAAACUCAACGCUCGUUGGAGAACUUUAAAAUCGGUGGCGCCCGCGAGCGCAUGCCCGAACCAGUUGUGAGAGCAUUCGGUAUUUUGAAGAAGUCUGCAGCAAUUGUCAACGAAUCUCUUGGAACGCUUGACCCGAAAAUUUCUAAGCCCAUCCAACAAGCUGCUGACGAGGUCAUUAGUGGCAAGCUCGUGGACCACUUUCCACUGGUAGUCUUCCAGACUGGUUCUGGUACUCAAAGUAACAUGAAUGCCAAUGAGGUCAUCUCUAACAGGGCGAUUGAGAUAGUUGGCGGAAAGAUGGGCACCAAGAGUAUCCACCCAAACAAUCACUGUAACCAGGCGCAGUCUUCCAACGACACGUUCCCCUCGGUCAUGCAUAUCGCGGCUGUUACCGAGAUUACACACUCACUACUUCCAGAAUUAACCGCUUUGAGAGAUUCCUUCGCUACCAAGUCAAAAGAGUUUGAAUCCAUUGUCAAGAUCGGCAGAACUCAUCUGCAGGAUGCUACUCCUCUUACCUUGGGGCAGGAGUUUAGUGGAUACGUGCAACAAUUGACGAAUGGUAUUUCGCGCGUCGAACAAUCGCUCAUUCACCUCAAGUUUUUGGCCCAAGGUGGUACUGCCGUUGGCACUGGCCUAAACACCAAAGUUGGGUUCGGAGAAAAGAUCGCUGAGCAGGUUAGCAAAGAAACAGGUAUUGACUUCAAAACGGCACCCAACAAAUUCGAGGCAUUGGCUGCUCAUGACGCUAUUGUUGAGUGUUCUGGUGCCUUAAACACUUUGGCUUGCUCUCUCUUCAAGAUUGCAAACGAUAUAAGGUACCUUGGUUCUGGUCCCCGCUGCGGUUACGGUGAACUUUCGCUGCCAGAAAAUGAGCCAGGCUCCUCGAUCAUGCCCGGUAAAGUCAAUCCAACCCAAAAUGAGGCCAUGACCCAAGUUUGUGUCCAAGUUAUGGGCAACAACGCUGCAAUCACUUUUGCUGGCGCCUCUGGCCAAUUUGAACUGAAUGUUUUCAAGCCCGUAAUGAUAUCCAACCUCUUGAGCUCGGUCAGAUUGCUGGGCGAUGCGUGUUACUCGUUCAGAGUUCACUGCGUCGACGGUAUUGAGGCUAACAGAGACAAGAUCGCAAAAUUACUUCACGAGUCUUUGAUGUUGGUUACCGCUUUGAACCCCAAGAUCGGCUACGAUGCUGCCUCAAAGGUUGCUAAAAACGCUCAUAAGAAAGGCAUAACUCUGAAAGAGUCUGCCCUUGAACUGAAAGUGUUGACUAGUGCUGAAUUUGACCAGUGGGUAGUUCCUGAAAACAUGGUGGGCCCAAAAUAA